AUGUCAGGCUUCGGCGCCUUUGGACAACCUCAGCAGCCCCAGCAGCCCGCUGCGAACCCCAUGUUUGGAAGCUUUGGUGGCGCGCCAGCUGCGAAUACGGCGAAUACAGGGGGAGGCUUCGGUGGCUUUGGUGCGACUCAGAACCAGGGCACGUCUGCCUUUGGCGCGAAGCCGGCAGGGUUUGGCGCGUUUGGCGGAGGGGGAACCAGCGCGUUCGGGGGCGGGGGCGCGGGCACGAGUGCGUUCGGUGGAGGGGGCAACACCGGCACCAGUGCGUUCGGAGCCACCAACACGGGCAGUGCGUUUGGCUCUACGUCAGGAGGUGGCCUCUUUGGAGCGAAGCCUGCAGGAACUGGGUUCGGGGCAUUCGGCGGGGCUAGUACGACCCCAGCGACGGGUCCCGUUGCCAAUGGCUCGAGCGAUCCCCCAUAUUCUGCGUAUCAGGAGAAAGAUGGGUCAGCUACGUUGACCUACCAAGCGAUCAGCGCCAUGCCUGCGUACCGCGGAACCUCCUUCGAAGAAAUCCGAGUGCAAGACUACGCUCAGAACCGCAAGGCGCCCACUGCUGGGGCAACAGGCUUCGGGCAAUCUGCAUUUGGCGCAGCCGCUCAACCAGCCGCAGGAGGCAUCUUUGGCGCCGCUGCUCAGCCACAACAACAGCCAUCCGCUUUUGGCAGCACGACUGGCGGCUUCGGCAGCACCGGUAGCGCUUUUGGAGGUGGAGGUGCCUUCGGCGCUCAAAACAACCAGCAGCAGCAGCCGGCCACAACUGGAUUCGGCGGCUUUGGUCAGACACAACCCCAGCAGCCUGCUAGCACGGGCUUUGGCGCGUUCGGUCAACCCCAGCCGGCUGCUCCAGCCACUGGCGGUGGUCUGUUCGGCGGUGGCAGCGCUUUCGGCAGCACCGCGAACAACCAAGCAAAGCCUGCAGGUUUCGGUGGCUUCGGUUCGACCGCUACCAACACUGGCUCGGCAUUUGGCAGUGGAACCAGCGCCUUUGGCCAGCCAGCACAACCAGCAACUGGCGGUGGCAUAUUCGGCAGCAACAACAACGCGCAACAGCAGCCUAGCACAGGCUUUGGCGGCUUCGGCGCCAACAACCAGCAAAAUCAGGCCAAGCCUCUUUUCGGAGGCACGUCGACUGGUACGACCGGCUUUGGGGCAACCAGCGGUGGUGGCCUCUUUGGCCAAACCCAGAACCAGCAGAACGCGACGCCGGCCACUGGUGGGGGACUGUUUGGUGGCGGAGGCAACACUGGAGGUGGUCUGUUUGGGAACAAUAACAACAACCAGCAGCAGAGCCAGCCAGCUACUGGUGGUGGUCUCUUUGGUAACACGAACACCAACACUUCGACCACAGGUGGCGGUCUGUUCGGCGGCGGUGGCGGCGGAUUGUUUGGAGCAAAUAACAACAACCAACAAAACCAGAACCAACAGCAGGGUUCAGCCUUCGGUGGUGCUGGCGGCCUGUUUGGUGCUAAGCCUGCUCAGCCCAAUCAGCCCUCUGGUGGAUUGUUCGGCGGGAACACUGGCGGUGGUGGAUUGUUUGGCAACAACAACAAUAACCAGCAAUCGAACACUGGCGGCGGACUCUUUGGCGGCUUGGGUCAGUCGACCAACAACCAACAGAACCAGGGCAGCUCUCUCUUCGGUCAGAAACCGGCGCAGCCCGCCAUGGGCCAGUCCACCUCUGGCGGUGGGCUUUUCGGCGGCGGGAGCAGCCUCUUCGGGAACUCGACGAAUACCAUGACUCAGUCGCAAGCACAACCACAGCAGACGCUGACCGCUUCUAUCAACGAGCCUAUAGGCGCCAAUCUGCCCAUCUUCUCCAUGCUUCCGCCAGGCCCGCGCGCCGUCGACAUUGACCCUCCGAAAAAGAAGCCCAGCUUCUUCGUCGAUGUACCGACGCGUACGCCUGUACCAAGAUUGCAGCUCAGCUACCAGCCAGCGCAGUCCAAGUUGCGUGGCUUCAGCUCCAUCAGCGGAUCGCAGUUCGGCAUGUCGCUGGCGAACGGCAGACCGGGCGCGCUGUCGCUCAGCCAGUCCCCUACGAAGAGCGUGGGUCCGGACAUGUUCCUCAACGGUGCAAGCCCACAGUUCGGCAGCGGCUCGCGACGAAGCGUGAAGAAGCUCGUGCUGGACAAGAAGAUUGAGCCGCAAGACUUGUUCCACAAGACGGGCUCGCCGAGUCCAUCGCCAGCGCCGAAGAUCACCUUCGACCCUGCGCUCAGCCGUGCAGCGCGCGAACGCGAGUACGCGGAGGAGACGGCAGGACGUCCUUUGGAGCUCCCUGCGCCCGUGAAGCAGCGUACCACGCCGCGCUUCACCGCCGCGGCUGCGGACGACGGCGUCGCUGAAGGCGAGUACUGGACCAAGCCGGACAUCUCGGUGCUCAAGCACAAGAGCCACGCCGAGCUGUCUGCCUUCCCGAACCUCGUUGUCGGCCGCGCGGGCUACGGCGAGAUCCACUUCCUCGAUCCGGUCGACCUGACCGGCCUCACGCGGCUGACGGACCUCCUCGGCGAGGUCGUGCGGUUCGACGAAAAGGAGUGCUGCGUGUACCCGGACGUGGACGAUGAUGACAAGCCGCCUCUGGGCCAAGGGCUCAACGUGCGCGCGGAGAUCUCGCUGCUGCACUGCUGGGCGCUCGACAAGGCGACGCGCGAGCCCAUCAAGGACCCGAAGCACCCGCAGGUGGUCAAGCAUGUGAAGAAGCUCGCGGCGAUGAAGGAUACGCACUUUGUGGGCUUCGACCACGCGGAGGGCAAGUGGACGUUCACUGUCGAUCACUUCUGA